AUUAGUACAGUCAUCUUCCUUCACUACCAUGCCUUCUAGGCUGAUGUUCAGCUCAUGCCCUUUCACUCCACCUCAUCUCCGGAGGAGGCCAGCUGGUUUCAUGUUCUUUGCUGUGCAUCUCUCCCUUCCCUUGUGGGUUAAAACAGUCCGAUUGUAAGGGGGAAGGGAAAGGCACUUCCCACGUUCUGACCAAAUAAAGGCAGGGGGCUGCCCUGCUCCUCUGCUUUCUGCUCCCUGCCUGUUUUGACUUGGACCCACCAAAUUUCAAGCCCAGACUGGAGUACUUCAUGUUACACACCGGAACCAGACUGCCUUUGUGGUGUGUUGUUCCCAGCUUAAAGAGAGAUGCCCGAGGGGGAGGAGAAACACAGGCCCUUUAGGAGGAGCUUGUAUGUCCCAAGUUCACCUAAUACAUUUUCACAGCAGCUCUCACUUUUUUCCGUUAGCUCAUCUUCUCCCUGACCACAUCACCAAUGCAAUCAAUCAAGGCAGCUCCCUGUCUCUUUCCUUUUAGUCCUUCAGAGCACAGCUCAGGGCGGUUGGGUUUUUUCUGGGGGGAGGAGGGUUCCCACCUUCCCCCCUUUCUGGGGGCAAAUCUCCUGCCCAGAGCAGCGUGGAGAAGUCCUUGCCCUUUAGGAGGCUGCCGGGCGUGUGGGCAUCCGCCGGCAAAGGUUGCCAGCCAUGUCCGAGUCAGAUGAAGGGAAGCAGUUCGGCUACAUCAUGGAGUUGAUAGAAAAAGGCAAGGUUACCAUUAAGAACAUUGAACGAGAGCUUAUCUGCCCAGCAUGCAAGGAGUUAUUUACUCACCCACUGAUCCUCCCAUGUCAGCACAGUAUCUGUCACAAAUGUGUGAAAGAAAUUCUGUUCUUCACACUUGAAGACUCUUUUACUGAUGCGGGCUCCGAAUCAUCCAAUCAGAGUAGCCCUCGUAUUCGAAUCCAUUCUCCUAGUAUGGAUAGAAUUGAAAGGGUUGCUAGAUCGGGCUGGAAACGCAAUUCAUUGACUCCUAGAACCACCAUCUUUCCUUGUCCUGGCUGUCGGAAUGAUAUAGAUCUGGGAGAACGUGGCAUCAAUGGCUUAUUCCGAAACUUCACGUUGGAAACUAUAGUGGAAAGAUACAGGCAGGCAGCCAGGGCAGCCACAGCUAUUAUGUGUGAUCUCUGCAAACCUCCACCUCAAGAAUCCACAAAGAGUUGCAUGGACUGCAGUGCAAGCUAUUGCAAUGAAUGCUUCAAAAUACAUCAUCCUUGGGGAACUGUAAAAGCCCAGCAUGAAUAUGUUGGACCAACUACUAACUUCAGGCCUAAGAUUUUGAUGUGCCCAGAACAUGAAAUGGAGAGGGUGAACAUGUAUUGUGAAAUCUGCAGACGGCCUGUUUGUCAUCUUUGUAAACUGGGUGGGUCUCAUGCAAACCAUAAAGUAACGACCAUGAGCAGUGCCUACAAAACUCUCAAGGAGAAGCUUUCAAAGGAUAUUGAUUACCUCAUUAGUAAGGAGAGCCAGGUAAAAGGUCAGAUUUCUGAACUGAGUCUCUUGAUGAAAGAAACACAGUGCAAUGGGGAGAGAGCUAAAGAAGAAGCAUCUCAUAAUUUUGACAAGUUGUUUGAUGUUUUGCAAGAGAGGAGAUCAUCUGCUCUCAGGGCAAUUGAUGCUUCUAAGAAUUUAAGACUGGAGAAACUGCAGACUCAAAUAGAGGAAUAUCAGGGACUUCUGGAAAACAAUGGCCUUGUAGGAUAUGCCCAAGAAGUGCUUAAAGAAACAGACCAAUCUUGCUUUGUUCAAACAGCAAAACAGCUUCAUGUCAGAAUACAGAAAGCUACUGAAUCUCUGAAGAGUUUCAGACCAGCAGCUCAAGCUUCUUUUGAAGACUUUGUGCUUGAUACAGCCAAGCAAGAGGAGACUCUUGGAGACUUGUCUUUUUAUUCCAGUGGUCUAGAUGUACCAGAGAUCAAUGAGGAGCAGAGCAGAAUGUAUAAUAAAGCUUUGAUCAGUUGGGAGCAGCCAGGGAAGGCAGAGUUAGCUGAUACCUAUAUCCUUGAAUAUCGUAAGCUUAAUAGAGAAGAGGAGAAUGCAAUGUGGCAGGAGACUGAAGUCUGCAACAGAAGUAAAGUAAUCUCUGACCUUGAUAACAACAGCAGCUAUGCUUUUAGAGUCCGAGGCUAUAAAGGGUCUAUCUGUAGCCCAUGGAGCAGGGAAGUUAUCUUGCACACACCUCCAGCUCCAGUCUAUAGUUUUCUCUUUGAUGACAAGUGUGGCUACAACCAAGAACGUCUUGUGCUGAAUGCAAGGAGAAACUCUGUGGAAAGUCGGGCUGGAUUUCCUCUGCUGCUAGGAGCCGAACGUAUCCAAGUGGGGUGUUACGUGACUCUUGACUACAUCAUCGGAGACACAGGAAUCACAAAAGGGAAGCACUUCUGGGCUUUUCGUGUGGAAUCCUAUUCAUACCUGGUGAAAGUGGGAGUUGCAUCUAGUGCUAAAAUACAAGAGUGGUUCCAUAAUCCCCGUGAUGUAACCAGCCCAAGGUAUGAGCAAGACAGCGGUCAUGACAGCGGGAGUGAAGAUACCUGCUUUGAAUCAUCUCAGCCUUUUACAUUGGUUACUUUAGGCAUGAAGAAAUUCUUUAUUCCCAAGGCACCUACUGCUCCCAAAGAUUCUGCCAACAGGAUUCUUCCCAUGCCGUCUUGUAUAGGAAUCUGCCUGGACUAUGACAAAGGCAAAGUUGGAUUCUAUGAUGCUGACCACAUGAAAUGCCUUUAUGAGCGCCAGGUAGAUUGUUCGGGUACAAUGUAUCCGGCAUUUGCAUUAAUGGGCAGUGCAGGGAUUCAUCUUGAGGAGGCCAUCACAGCAAAGUAUUUGGAAUAUCCAGAUGAUGUGUAGUGCAUAUCUCUACAAAUUGCUGUUUUGAGAUCAGAAAUGAAAGCAGAAGGAUCUGCCUUAGCAUAAAUUCUUGAAUAAUUACAUCCUGUUUAAGUGUUCUUGUCGCACUCAGGCUUUUUGGUCUUAUUUUUUUAUGCACAAAACUGAACAUGAUCUAAUCUCUCUACCAACUCUCUAGAGGGGACAUCCUUCUAUUCACUGUGCUGCCUUUUUGUUGUGUGGUAACCCACAUUCCACAAAUGUAUGAAAAAAAAGUUUUAUUAGCAACCUGGUUGCUUUACUUGACCUAGGAACCUGCCUUUUAUGCAAGUUAAAUCAUCUAUCUAGUUGGUACUGUUGACAUCACAUUCCAUUUUUUAAUGGAGUAAGACCCACAUAGUCUAUUUUAUUGCUGUUAUUUUCUGUAUAUGCUCUUCAUUUUAAAAGAAGCCUGUCUGAAUGAGUUUGAGGAGUUCUUGUAACUAAAUCCUAAGCAACACUGAGGUUUGCACCAGUUGAAAGUACAAAGCACUAGGAUAUCAAAACUACAGUUGAACCUGGCUUGUAUUUGAAAGGGGAAAAUAAUAUUAAAAGAAUGGUAUCACAUAGCCUAUAAUCACACUAAGUGUAUAAAAUGAUGACCUGUAAAACUGGUGUAUAGCUCUUCUAUUAAGAGCUCUUACUAUUCCAGGGUUUUAGUAUAGACUGGAUAAAAUAUAUUGAGAAGUGCAGUUUGUCUUGAAAUAUUUGAUUUCAUUGUCUGUGUAACUAUGGGCAUGUAUAAUAAUGGUACUUGGUCUUUUUCUGCGCAAAAAAUAAUUGAAUAAUUGUCAUAAGUGAUAAAACAUAAGCGACUUUUAAAUUUAAAUUAAUUCAGGUAUUUCUGUUAAUAAAUAUUUUAUAAGUUAACUUUGGAUCCAAUAAAGGAAUGUUUUUAAUAAGAAUAAGUUAAGAAAAUGCACUGAUUAAGUUUGAGAUUUUUUUUUUUUUGCCUUAAAGUGUCUUUAGUUUAAGUGUCUAUUCCUGUUCCAUUAAACUCUGAUGAUUAUCUGUGUGGUAAUGAUUGAAAGGAAUCUGUGCAAAAAUGACUGAAGUACCUGCAUUGUUGGUUUUAGUCUAGUUUGUGAAAGAUGAACCUCUGUGGAAAAUAAUUCUGAAACAAAUGUCUAGUGUUCUGUUUUGAUUGUGAUAGUAAUUUUGCUGGCUGUAUAUGGAGUAAGUUUACAAGCUGUGCUAAGUACAAGUAUAUGAAUUGGAAUUUAAAUACUACAGCAUUUUUGAUUGAGGAUAUUGGGGUCAUUCUGGAUCAUAAGCAUAAAACAUAUUAACUUUAUUUUGCAUUAAUUUAAUAUGUACCACCUAUGCAAUAACUUUAUUAGACAGGGGAUUGAUAGUACUUUAAAAUCCCAGUAUGUUUGUCAAUUAAAGUAUGAUCCAGCCAGGGAACUUCUGGUGUAUGCAUUUCCUUAUUUGAGUUGAACAUUGAUUGAUUUGGCACUGGGCAUUACUUGAAUAUUUCAGACACAUUCAGUAUGAUAAUACAUGGUGCUUACUCCAGUUUAAUAAAUGCAAAUAUACUAUCAUCAAGUAUAUGGAAGCAAAUUAUUUCUUUUUAACUACAAAGGGAAGAAAACAGUUCAGUGAUACUUGCCUGCCUCUAAGUGUUUGUUUGUUUUUCAAAACUUGUUUCUUCCUACAAAAUAGCACUUUACAACAUAAACUAAGCUAAGAAUUUGUGGUGGUUGAGUGGAUCUGUGCAAUAUAGUUGUUUUAAAACCAUUGGUGACUACUGUGUGAUCUCAAAGCUUUGUGCAGGUGUAAAAAAAAUCACAAAAUGUUUUUUUCAUAAUAUAUUUAAAGCUUUAACAGGAAGGCCUUGUUUAAAAAUAUUCUGUAAUGUAAAUGUAACUUCACUUUGGCUUUUUUAAAAAUAAAAACUUAAAUGUAAUAGUUGGGUCACUCACAUUCUUAUAUCCUGGCUUUAAACUGUGUUGCUGAUAGAUGCAAAAAAUGACUGACAUUCUUAGUAGAAGUAGUUUGUCCUGUUUAACAACAGUAAAUAUCUGGGCAUUAUAACAGUAUGUUAAGUACUCAUGGAGCCCUGGUUAUUAGUUUUUUUGGUAUAGCGGAUGAGUCUAUUCUGAAUUUUUUGUGAUUGCUUUUUGUUUGAAUUGUAUGCCUGAAAAUUGACUUCCCCUAAGGUGUACACCAUGAAAAUCGGAUGUUAAGAA